AUGCCCUCAGAGUCUGGAAAAAUGGGACCACCAGGUGAGCCAGGACCACAAGGCCCACCUGGACCAGAAGGUCGUCCUGGACAGCCUGGCCGAAACGGACAACCUGGGCCACAAGGAGAUCCGGGAGCAGACGGACCCGAUGGGAAGAACGGAGAAAAUGGACCACCAGGACCCGCUGGAAAGGAUGGACCAAAGGGAUCAUGCGAUCACUGUCCUGUUGCACGUACUCCACCAGGCUAUUAG